AUGUCAGAGAACGGUCCACAUCUCGGGGCCCAACUUCCUCCACCACCACAACCUACAGUGGGCGCUCCAGGUUACGAUGGUCACAACAAUCAGAAUAAUCCUCAAAAUAUGCCGCCUCCACCUCUUGCUCCUGUUAUCAUCCCACCAAACACUAACCCGAUCCCCACAGCUAUAACUUCACCAAUUGGAGAAAACGGCGCCAUUAUGUCGCCAGAUAGUUCGGGGGCUUUCGUUCGUCGGGCUGCUCCUGAACCUAAUAAACGAGCUCUCUAUGUUGGUGGCCUGGAUCCUCGAGUAACUGAGGAUGUAUUGCGUCAAAUUUUUGAAACGACUGGUCACGUACAAAACGUAAAAAUUAUACCUGAUAAAAAUCACGUUCAGGCCUCUCCAUUGACUACCCCUACUUGCCAGUUUCAGGCCAAAGGAUUUAACUAUGGUUUCGUAGAGUAUGACGAUCCUGGUGCGGCUGAAAGAGCGAUGCAGACAUUAAAUGGUCGACGUGUUCAUCAAGCAGAAAUCCGUGUUAACUGGGCAUACCAGUCAAAUACCUCCAAUAAAGAAGAUACUUCUAAUCACUUUCAUAUUUUUGUUGGUGACCUUUCGAACGAAGUUAACGAUGAGGUUUUACUUCAAGCUUUUUCAGCGUUCGGAUCUGUGUCAGAAGCACGCGUUAUCUGGGACAUGAAGACUGGAAGGUCUAGGGGCUAUGGAUUUGUUGCUUUUCGCGAACGUCAGGAUGCCGAGAAAGCCUUGAGCUCAAUGGAUGGUGAAUGGCUUGGAUCGCGCGCCAUACGCUGUAACUGGGCCAACCAGAAAGGACAACCCUCUAUCUCUCAGCAGCAGGCAAUGACAGCUGUGGGAAUGACACCUACUACCCCUUUUGGGCACCACCACUUUCCUACUCAUGGAGUUCAAAGUUAUGAUAUGAUUGUUCAACAGACCCCUCAAUGGCAGACAACAGUCUAUGUCGGAAACCUUACUCCAUAUACAACUCAAAAUGAUCUUAUACCACUUUUCCACAACUUUGGUUACGUUGUUGAGACGCGUUUUCAGGCUGACCGCGGCUUCGCAUUCGUCAAAUUGGAUACGCAUGAAAACGCUGCCAUGGCAAUCUGUCAACUCAGUGGCUACAACGUAAAUGGAAGACCUCUGAAAUGUAGUUGGGGGAAAGAUAAAGCACCCACGCAAGGUGGUUUUGACGCCCCACAGCCAGGCUAUAGUCCUCAGUCUACGACCGCUAACUAUCCAGCGACAUCCUCUGCUUACUUUCCACAGUAUGGCGGCCUCCAGCAGAACGGACAUCACUCAGCAGGGCCUCUGGCGAAUGGUCACACGCCUGGACAUUACUCUUCUCAGCAGAGUGGCUAUGGCUCCAUUCCAGGGCCAUCUCCAGGCCAUUACAGCAACCACCAAAUAGGUUAUAAUGGCUCGUUUAGUGCCGGGGGCUACAGCCGUGCACAAGCAACAGUAAGUCCUCAAUGGAGCGCAUCACCAGUUCAAAGCUUUGGAAAUGGAUAUGCUGGAUAUCAAGGGUAG